UGUUGCCUAUGCGCUAUCUAGCCAUGCCAAUGGCUAAUAACUACUUUCUGCGUAGACCUCUGGGCCUGGAGAAGAUGUACCCAGAUUCUGAUCUGGAGUGUUCACACUUUUGGGACAAGCCUCCUCGGGAACAAUUCAUAGCUGCCCGUAGGCUCCGGUGGUCUUCUGGCGGCAAGAAAACUGGACGUCGCAGAGGGAGAGCACAAGGCUCCCGCUCCUGGCAGCAGCUAAAAAUGAUUGCGCGUACUCGGCGUACCGGGCAUGGUACCCUCUGUAUUCGGCGCAAGGAGGAGGCGCCUCCACUGGAAUCGGGGUGCUACCUGGACCAUUAUCCCCGCCUUUCAUUGUUCAUCAAUGCUGCCAUUUCAUUUUCCAUCAUUUCUUACAUUUUUGCCUGUAUCAAUUUACAACUUGUCUGAGUAGCCAGGGAGG